UCUGGCUGUGCCAAGAUGGGGCUGCCCUGGCCCAGGCUGUGGCUGAAGAGGCUCUGGGUACUCUUGCAGGUGGCCGUGCAUGUGGCUGUGGGCAAAGUGCUACUGACACUGUUUCCAGAGAGAGUCACGCAGCACAUCCUGUCCCUAGGCCAGCAGACUGGGAUGGCCAAGAACCCCCACUUCACCCAUGACAACUGGGUCCCGACCUUCUUCAGCACCCAGUAUUUCUGGUUUGUCCUGAAGGUCCGUUGGCAGCAACUGGAGGACAUGACUGAGCGAGGGGGUCUCGCCCCAAACUGCCCGGUGGUCCACCUCUCAGGACAGAGGUGCAACAUUUGGGACUUCAUGCAAGGCAACAGGCCACUGGUGCUGAAUUUUGGGAGUUGCACCUGACCUUCGUUUCUUUUCAAAUUUGACCAAUUUAAGAGACUUGUUGAAGACUUUAGUUCCAUAGCAGAUUUUCUCAUCAUUUACAUUGAAGAAGCACAUGCAUCAGAUGGCUGGGCUUUUAAGAACAACGUGGACAUCAGGAAGCACCGGAACCUCCAGGACCGCCUGUGGGCAGCCCACAUGCUGCUGGCCAGGAGCCCCCAGUGCCCUGUGGUGGUGGACACGAUGGAGAACCAGAGCAGCCAGCGCUAUGCGGCGCUGCCCGAGAGGCUCUACGUACUCCAGGAGGGCAGGAUCCUCUACAAGGGUAAACCCGGCCCUUGGAACUACCAUCCAGAGGAAGUUCGUGCUGUCCUGGAAAAGCUCGACAAUUAAUCUGGACAGAUCCCCCAAUUCUAGGUGACCAACGAGAGGACUUCUCAAGGCUUGGCUCUCCCCACAACCCAACUGGCUUUUUACCUUUGGCCUGUGUUCCCAGCUAAAUUACUAGCGCAGAUUUUUCUGAUCCAGGCAAACAACUCCCAGCUAGGGAGUAUAGGUCACCACUCUCAACCAGGACAAAUUGUUAUAAUCAACAAAUGAAGUAAAACUUAAGCUGUUUAGGCAAGUGAGCUGCUACAGAAUGUGUAACUUCACACUGCUCCCACUGUGGAGACCACGUUCACUGCACACUGUCUUCGAGUGAGGGAGCAGUUGCACUCCACGGGCAUGGUUUCUCUCUCCAGCUACUCUCACACCAAGUAGUUCAAUAUGGUAUCCCUUCAAGUAGGUGAAUUCAUUUUACCAAAUUUGCAUUUAUAGAAUUGUUCAUUUAGGACACUAACUUGGUUUUUAGAACCAAGUAUGAGAAUAAUUCCAGCUAUGAGGAAGAGAUGAGGAAUUGGAAGAGGAGGGAGUAGAAACGAGAGAAGACAAUAAUCCUUUCCUUGCCAAAAGAUUUAAACCAGUCGGUGGUGGUGAUGGGUGUGUUUCCAUGGUAACACAUCUCUAAUUCUACCAGGGAAGAGGAGAGUACUCACUUUGCCAUCUUGAGUAUAUUUCACAGAAAUCUGGCUCUCUGUAUUAUGGAUUCUUCCACUAUCCUCACUUAGCAACCGAGUCGUCUAGAGGGACGGAUUGGCUUCCCAAAAGCGUUACAGCCUUGAUCAAACCAGACAGCAGGCACCAGCCAAGCUGUCAUUCAGUUAUGCAGAAGCUCAUAUCUGAAAUUCUGUUUCUCUGAUGUCUUUGCAAGUCUCCUAAUGGUCGUUUGUGUUAGAUUACAUCAGACUAAUGGAUAAGCAUUGGUUUUCAUCUGUUUUAACUCUGCUUCUUUUCAUAUUUGUUUAUGACGGCCACAGCCUAAAGUACACACAGCUGUGACUUGAUUUGCAAGAAAAUGUUAUAAGAUGCAGCAAGCUAAUACAGAAUUAUUAAAAUAUAUCAGG